CGAGCGGCAAAAUAUGCAGAGUCUGAUUCCGUGGCUUAUUUACCCUGCUUCCAUCUGUCCCGCUCUCGGAGGCGACCAUAGAGCGUCUAUUCGUGAUGGACAGCUUGCUCUCAUAGAAAGACCAAAUGGUCCAAAUUUUUUAAGUCGCCUUGGCGAUGUAGUUGACGGAGCUACAACUUUUGAUCCUCGUUUGUUUUCGACUUGGACUUGGAGCAUCUCUCAUGGACUCAUGCGAGCACGCAACCAACCGCUGUCUCAGCACCAGCAGGCGCAGCAAGCUCUUGGAAGAAGAGAACUGGUGCUGGAAUUGUGUGAUGAGGAUGAUGGUGCGCCAGCUGUAUCAUCCGGAAAUCCCAGUAAUACUGCACGCACAGCAAUAGAUUGUGAUGAUCAUUCAGACACCACUAGCGUGUCAUCUUCUGAAUCAGGUUCAGGAGAAGAAGGACAACAAGGAGGCAACCGCAACGGAAAAAAAGGAGACCCUGAAGAAGAAGAAAAAAAACCACCUAAAAACGAAGGAGAAUCUGAACAAAAAAAGCCACAUCAAAGAGGAAAAAAUGACGAAAAGCCAGACGAAGAACAGGGAGAAGAAGAUGAAGCCCGAGAAGAAGAACCAGGAGAAGAAGGCAGCGGUGAAGAAAAUGAAUCCGAGAGCCCUUCCACAGAGUCUGAGAAUGGAGACACAGAGGAUCCAGAUGCCGCUAGUUCUGCAGCGCCUUCAGAAGAUACAACAGGUACUAGCGCUCCUGGGAGUGACACAGAACAAGAACAAGAAGAAGAUGAAUCUGCUGAUGAGGAUGAAGCUAGCACAGGUCGCAGAAGCCGUCGCUCCCGUCGCGCUGGCGGGUUUUUACAGAAGUUUCACGUUGAAAGAGAUGGAGCUGUGCAGAAAGACCACCUGCUAGCGAAGGGGUUGCACAAUGCUGAAGUUGAAGACAUCGAGAAGGAUCUAAAGAACGAAGGUUUUGUAAAGACUGUAGAAGUUAAGAUUAAAGAUGAAGAUGAGGGUGUUGAAGCUGAACAGGAUAAGGACCAUCAGCCUGCAUCAACACAAAACGCAUCAGCAAAAGACAAGCAGCCUUUCUGGAGUGCGCAGCGAAUCACUGUUGUUGUUCUCGCAAGUGCACUCGGCGUCGUGGGCGCAGGGGUUGCUAUCGUCUUCUUUUUCUUGUAAGUCAGAUGUCUAAGUAAAAGUAAUCCUAAUCAUCAUCUUGGUAGUAUGAAAAGUAAGUGUUAAAGUACAACUUCAUCUCCAAGUCCAACUACAACUUCAUCAAUCAUGAUUAGGAGCGUAAUAAACUGUCCCCUGCUUAGGCUUUGCGCAUCCUUCGGGAUCACGUCAGGAACUGUUUUGUCUUGCCGAUCUUGAUGAUGACGAUUGUUUUUUUUCAGUCAUGCUGCAAGAUAGAAAUGAGACGAGUAAAAGUAAUGAUAAUGAAGUAGAUCUAGAGGUAGAUGAUGUGAUUUUUUUAUAUCUACUAUUUUUUUACUAGUCAUGGUCAUCCUGGCUGGUUUAAUGUAUGAGCAAUGUUGAAUUGCGAUAAGUAUAGGUGAAAGGUGAAUUUUUUCACCAUGAUCACGUGAAGGAUACUUUUUUUUUCCAAACCUUGCAACUACCGCCCAUUAAGAAGUAUACGACUGCAAGUAUAAGUAAGAGUACGUUCUUAGUACAAGUGCAAGUAGGGCGAGCAGUUUUUAGAAGUAAUAGAUACUGAUAGAUAUCUAAAAGUUAAAGUUGUACCUCCUAGAACGGAAGUAUAAUCAUGUUCAUGUUGUUGAUGUUGUUGUACUACUGGAGUUGUACUGCAACUGGGGAGAAGCAGACUCGCUCUACUGGAAGUGGAGGACUGCAUUCGUAGAGGGCUCCAAGCAGCAGAUCUUCAGAUCGACGAGAUAACUAUGAUUUGAUUCCAGAUAAGUAGAAGUUAAGUACUACAGCACCGAGGAGUGUAUCUUCAACAUUUUGUGGAGUAAGCUGUAUUUGCAAAAGCAGAGGAGGAAAGCAAGAAUAAAUAAUAAUUGAUUAAGGGUAGGUUGAAGGUGUUCUUGUUACCGUUAGUUUUGCCUUCUUGAAGGGGGAAGGCAUAACGAACGGGGUAAACGAACACCAAAAACCUACCUCGAAAUAAAGCAUUGACUCGAGGACUGCGACUGGGUUUGUUCUUCAACUACAAGUCAUGUAGUAGAAGUAUUACAACUUACUAGUGGUAGUGAUGUAGAAGUAACUAGUUGAAGAGCAAAAAGUGGACUCUGGACUACAAUGAAGACAUGACGCUCAUGGCGCGCGCAAAAAGAGGGGAAAUCAUGCGAUCCCAUGAAGCAAGAUGUAGAUUGAAGUAGUUGCUAGUUGUCUCUUCUUAACCCCUGGAGUGGGUACAUUUAUUCAUUCAUUCAAGAAUGCUCAGAUGAAUAUAGAAGAAGGUUUUCUUGCGUAAGGACUAUAUAUGAGUUGGAGAUGGAGCCACUUUUUUUGGAACUCUCUCAGGGUCCACCUUUGAGUGUUGCUCUUUAAAAUGUUAGAUGAAGAGAUUUUUCGUUCUG